UGAAAGUAAAGCUGCAGGAUAAAUACCAGGAUCAGCAGAGAUCACAGCACAGUAGGACAGCCUCACAGAGUGGAUAUAUCCCUGUCCUCUCCCAAACAUGUCACCCGCCGCCCUCAUCCUGGUCCUCACCCUCGCCUCCAUGUGUCUGAUCAGCCAAGUGACGUCUGCUAACCUGAGGACCUCCGACUGCUGCCUGAGGGUCAACGACAAAGAGAUUCCAUAUCCGAACGUCAAGUGCUACUUCCAGCAAACUACAGCGAAGGGCUGCAACAUUGAUGCAGUUGUAUUCGUCACCCGUAGGAACAGGUACCUGUGCGCCCCACCCAACUCUAAAUGGGUGAACUCUUUAAUGGUAAAAGUAGACCAGCACAAGCCACAAUUCAGGAACAAGUGUGGUCGCUGAACAUUUCCAGGGAUUGCCUGUUGGCGGUGCUAGAGGUCCGUGAGAAAGAAAGCCUGAUGGGUGGAGUCCGGCCUCGCCGUUCUGUGUCCACUUUCUGCCAUAAUGUAAAUCUGCUUUUAUUCCAACCUUUACUGUCUAUGGUAUCCAGUGCUUCGUAUCCUCUGAACCCUUUCCUCAUUCUUGGCUUAUCUAUGGUACCGGAGGCUAAAUUAGAACUUUAGCGUAAGUCAUAGUGCAGGGUUUCUCAACCAAGGUGCCUCCAGC